AGAGGAAAGAAGGCGCGGAAAGAAGGAGCCGCGAUCUCGGGCGCGCAUGACUCCAGAAGCAAGUUUCUCCUCCAGCGGGACUUACUCCCGAUGACUUGCAGUCAAGCGUCCUGAGACACGAACUUGCGAGAUCGCAACAGGAAAAUGGGUGACUGUUCAGAGACCAGUGUGAAGAUACCAUUUGGAAGCAAAUACUUAGAUGCCGUUUUCUCCAUCCCCGAGAAGAAGCUGCCGUAUGCUGUGAUUCUUACUCACGGUGCAUCUGGUGAUAUGAAUUUCUCUCACCUUGUAUCUUUGGCAAACUAUCUGGCCUCUCAUGGAUUUCUGUGUCUGCGAUUUACCUGCAAAAGCCUCAAUAUCAUCUAUAGAACUAAAGCAUAUAAGGCUGUUGUGGAAUAUUUAAGAUCAUCAGGCAACUACACACUUUCUGGCAUUUUUCUUGGAGGCCGCUCAAUGGGCUCGCGUGCUGCUGCUUCUGUGAUACGACAAGCGGACCAAGAUAAUGACAGCUUCAUUCAAGGUCUGAUAUGCUUGUCUUACCCGCUGCAUCGACCAAAGCUUCACUCUAAACUUCGGGAUGAAGAUUUAUUGUCCAUUCAGUCUCCUGUGCUAUUUGUGUCUGGAGAUACAGAUGAGAUGUGUGAUAAACAACUGCUGGAUGGCGUUGCAGUCAAAAUGCAAGCUCCCAAGAAAAUUCAUUGGGUUGAAAAGGCAAACCACAGCAUGGCAGCGAGAGGACGGAAUGCAGACGACAUCUCGAUGGAAAUAAACAAGCAGGUUUUGUCUUGGAUCAAAGAAAUCAUUGAAUAGCGACAGAAGCAAUUGGCCAAUUCCAACUAGCCUCUGUAGUCGGUAUAAAAUGGAUUAAUAACACCACCUUAUAGGAGUAUAAGUAAUCAGCUCUGUGCUAAAGCACUGGCAAAAACAACCGCGUGUUUUUGUAACUUCAUUAGAGUGUAAAAUAUGUUCUGCUCUACGUAUUUGGUUUUGUGUAUAUAUAGUUCAUGUUCAGAG